CCGCACGCGACUGGUCAAUGUGUAACCGGCACUGUGUCAAGCAUAGCCCUCUUGUUGAGCGUUCAGAAAUUUCCUUUGACUUCGCCAAACACACACGCACAAUAUGACGGCCAAUAUCAUCAAAAUUGCAUGCUGUCUUGUGUGCGUCGUUGGGAUCGCUUUAGCAGCCCCAGCCACUGUUAAAUUGCCAAAAGACUUUGUGCAAUGUAAAAGAAGCGACCCGAAGUUAAACGAAUGUAUAAAGAAUUCUCUGAGAAAAGCCAUCCCUCAUUUAGUAAAAGGUGUUCCUAGUUUUGGAUUGUACCCAAUUGAUCCGCUUCGUAUAACGGCAUUGGGAAUAGACCAAGGUACUGGACCCGUCAGCAUCAAGCUCAACUUUAGGGAUUUAGACAUAUCCAACAUUGGAUCCGUAAAAAUUAAUGAAAUCUUUGCUGAUCUGAAUAAAAAUAAUAUUACAUUGGACGUGCAUUUUGAAAAACCGAUUACGCUCGAUGGAAAUUAUGAUAUCAAAGGCAAAGUUAUCAUUCUACCAAUCACCGGUGAUGGCCUUUGCAAGAUUAGCCUUGAAAAUCUCAAAGCCAAGAUAAACGUUUAUUUGAAUCCCGUAGUAAAAAACGGAAUCACCUAUGCGGAUGUUAGUGAUAUCAAAUUAACAUUUACUACCACCAAAAUGCGUUUGAAGUUAGACAAUUUGUUCAAAGGAGAUAAAGCUCUUGGAAACAAUAUGAACACAUUCUUAAACGAAAAUUGGAGAGAUAUAUUAGCUGAAUUGCAAACCAAUUUUGAGAGCGCCUUGGCUGCCGCAUUCUCUGGAGUUGCACAACAAUUCUUUUCUAGAGUACCUUAUAACCAAGUUUUUAUUGAAUAGAUAAUAUACCAUUAGUAUUCUUAGUUUUAUUAUUAAUUUAUUAAAUAUACAUACAUAUAUAUAGGUAAAUUAUUUUUA